AUGUUCAAACAUCUUCAACAUGAUCACGCUCCCAUGGAAGAACUUCCUUCAGAUAUAUGGAUGGGCAUCUUUUCCUUCCUAACACUUGAUCAAGUUCAGAAAAUAGCUCUGAAAAUUUCAAGUAAAUUAACCAAACAAUUUCUAGCGUUACCAUCCAUACUCGCACCUUCGGAAUCAAUGUCAUCAUCAGAUCGGUACCCACCUUCCUCACCCAUUCAUCGCGUGUUGUGCUAUUUAUUGCUCCGACAAGAUAUGAAAGAAAAUAUUGAUGAAAUUUUGAUGAUUCCCCAAACGUUCAAGCUCCAUAGCUAUCAUCAAAUGACGAGAAGACAAGGCAAGAAUGGAGCACAGAAAAUGAAACGAAAAAUUUGUUUUCCCAAGCAUGGAAAAUCCAUGAGCCAGCUGAGACACGAGUUGAUCGUGAAAUUAAAAAGAAUGAAUCAACUCUUUCCUGAUGUAUUGAUGGAAAUGCAGGAUGAUAUUGUAAAGGCAUAUGAAAUGACAAAAAGUGGUAACAAGUAUGAACCUGAAGUGUUCAUGGAACCACCAACAAGAAGACAUUCUCCCACAAGGGAGUCAGCGCUCGAUGAAUUUGCUUACCACGAGGACAUGAAAGAUGAACAAGGCAAUGAUAUUGUCGAGGUUGUAGAUGACUAUUAUAUUGAUGACAGUAUCUCACCAAGUGAAAAUCAAAUGAUCGAGAAUGAUGAUGUUUAUACAAGCAAUGACACAAUGCAAGUAGAUAUUCCAAAUAAGGAGAGCCUCCUUCAUGAGAUUCAAACAAUCCUUGGACAACAAAAGAAAACAACAAAACUUCCCAAUUGGAUCAAAAUUUGGAAUGGGCUUGAAAAAACAUUUUACGCAACACGUGCCAAAGAUUUACUCAAAAAGUUAUUGAACUCUUUGGCCAGCACUCAAUCCUCAACAGUUCAUUGCAGCUCGAAGAAUAUUUCAAAUAUUAUAUACUUGAUUCAAAUGUCCAUUUAUUACUUACAAAAAACUAAUGCUGAGAAGCGUCAUGAUAUCAUGUUUCAAUGCUUGAACAUUUCCAAUAAUCUUGAAAUAGGACGUUAUCGAUUUAAUUCAGCACGAAUACGCUAUGAUAUGAAUUUAUUUUCUUCUCUGACAUUGGAUAUUGGUGGCUUGCUGUUGGAUUAUGUUACAUUUAUCACGUACAAAGAUCACAGGGGAGAAUACUUGUCAGAGUAUUAUACCUAUGAAGACGAAAAAGAGUAUUCGGAGAGGAUGGCAAAGAGAAAUAUAACAGUUAGAGAAGAUUCUCAUGAAAUAGCGUUAGCAUUCUGCCAAUUGGUACGAUAUUUUGUUGAGGAAUAUAUGAAAUAUGUUCCAAGCGGGCACAAUUUCAUACUCACACGAGAGUAUGUUAUCAAUUGCUGUCCAUUGAAAUUCAUGAUGAAAGUCGACCAUCCUGUUGUUCAUUCGACGCUCCUUGAAUUAAUUCAAAAACACUCCCGUGAAAUUAUUCGAAAUACUUCUCUUGAUUUACGUUACUCAAUGUUCAUUGCCGGAUUUAACCAUCAUGCACCAUUGAAUAUUCUGCAAGCAUUGAUUGAUUGUGGUAUUGUCACACGGCAAGAAUUGGGUGUGCGUUUGCCAAGACGAGACCAAGCAUAUUUGGACAUCAUUGACAAAUUUCUUGAUAGGAUCUAUUCAAUACGACAUGAGCAUGAAUAUUAUCAUGACUAUUUUAAUUUGAUUGCAACUGUUUUUGAAGGUCACACUUCUACAAAGAAUUUGAGGACUCACACCAAUGGCAGCAACAAUAACAUUUCACAUGAACCAACUGAUAGCAAUGAUCGAUAUCGUCCUCUCGUCAUUCGCAACAAGAAGUUCAAAAACAUGAUUCAAAAAUGUUGGAAUCCUGCUGCUCGAUAUCAUACCGAAGGUCAGAAAUUUAUAUCCACCUUAUUGAAGAGACUUGAAAAGAAUAGACAAAUGCUAACAGUUGCUGAGCACACCGUUCAUGACCAACGAAUGACUGAUGAAGAGCAGUACUGGUGUUAA